AUGCGGUGGCGAGACCGCCUGGCCGUGCUGUUCCUGCCCCCGGGCAUGAUGCUCACGGUGACCUCGCUGAUGCUCUUCUUCCUGCACAUGGGCCUGUUCGCCAGCGACGUGCACAACUUCUGCGUCACGCACCGCUUUGAGCUCAUGAGCUUCCGCUUCACGGUCUUCCUGAUGUUCUCGCAGGUGAUCAGCAUCUUCUGGGCCGCCUCGGGGUCGCUGUACGCGGAGAUGACGGACGACAAGUUUUUCAAAUGCUUUGCCCUGACCAUCCUGAUACUCAAUGCUGCCAUGUUCUUCAACCGCCUGUCCCUGGAGUUUCUCUCCAUCUACUACCGGGAGGAGAAGCACUGA